UAUGCCCCCAAAAAUCCUCCCCAGAAAAGACUUCAAAAAAAAAUCACCGCAUCAUCAUCAGAUCAAAAUCUCUCCCUCUGCCUACACAAAUACGAGUAAAAAUGUACGGAGAGAAAUUUCUUGAUCAGUCCGAUUAUGCCUUUCUUGAAUCUGUUCGCAUGCAUUUGCUAGGCGAACCUACUUCUCCUACCACUGCCAGCAGCCGCUUUAAUCCAGCAAUUACUAACAGUGCAAUGUCAACAGCAGCAGCAACCACCCCUGCUACUUGUACUCCAGUCCCUGUUUAUUGCAGGAGCACAAGCUUCGGCAGCUUGUACCCUUGCUUAACAGAAAACUGGGGAGACUUGCCACUCAAAGUCGAUGAUUCUGAGGAUAUGUUCCUUUACGGGGGCCUCCGCACCGCCGUCACCGUUGGGUGGGUCCCAUCACUCAAAACCGAUCAAUUCAUUGAGCCCAAUCUUCCAGCUGUGAAGUUAGAACCCUCUGAGAACUUGACGAUAUCCCCUCCGCGCAAGGAGGCGCCGAAAGCUGAUCCGGCGGUGGUUCCGUCCAAGGGGAAGCAUUACCGGGGUGUGAGGCAGCGGCCGUGGGGGAAGUUCGCGGCUGAGAUUAGGGACCCUGCGAAGAAUGGUGCCCGGGUUUGGUUGGGGACAUUCGCGACGGCGGAGGAUGCAGCGUUGGCUUACGACCGUGCUGCCUAUAGAAUGCGUGGGUCGAGGGCGUUGUUGAAUUUUCCGUUGAGGGUGAAUUCCGGCGAGCCUGACCCUGUUAGAGUGACUUCGAAGAGGUCGUCACCGGAGCCGUCAUCGUCGGUGGAGAGUGCGUCCCUGAAGAGGAAGAAGGUUGGUGGCUCGGCGGGUACUGCUACAUUGGUGGCUCAAGCUGGGAUGGAAAUGAGGAACGGGAUUGGGUGUCAAGUGGGUACACAUGGCGAACAAUUAUUGGCUAUCUAGAUAAUGUCGGAAAGUGUAAAACUCGUCACAAUGUGGGAAUUCCCAUAAUUUUGAAAUUGUGAGGGAAGGGGACCCAAAAAAAAAAAAAAAAGCAAUCCCCCAUUCGGAUAAAAUGAAUGUUUGAUUUGUGAAUAGAUUUUUGCUAUUUAACUUAUUUUUGA